GAAGGCGCAGAGCGGCGAGCAAGGUCCAAUCUGCGGCUGAAGAGGGGGCUGAGCAGGGCAGGGGGAAGGCGGAAGAGGCCGGGGCUGCGCUGGGCUGCGCUGCGCUUUGUCAAUGGAGUCCUGCUCAAUUCGAGGGCUUCCAAUGGAGGUGUUUCCUGAAGUCAGGGCAAUCAUUGAUUUAAGCAUCUUUAAGGACAAGGAAAAUGAGGCAUUGGGUAUCAUAAAAUUAAGCAAAGGAUUUGGAAAGUGUCAAAUAGGUGUAAAAAGUUAUGAAGUUAUUGAUUCAUUUGAGAAGAUUGAUAAAAUUCAUACUGAAUUGAUGAAGCUUAAAAUUGGGCUGUCUGGAACAGGCGUUUCAAAGUCCUCUGGUGCAGAAGCUGGUGCAUCCUCUGAAGCAGAGACCGCAAUGUCCUCUGAAUUGAAAUCUGCAAGGGUACCUGGUUCCAAGUUCCCAAGUUCUGCUCACAUGGAAUCUACCAGACCCUCUGGAACACUGUCCACAAGAUCUUCUGGUGCAAAAUCUACAAAGCUCGCUGGAACAGAUGCUGCAAGAUGUGCUGCUGCAAAGUAUACUGGCACAGGAUCGGCAAGGUUUCCCGAAACAGAAACUACGAUGCCUUAUGCGUCCCUGAAUUCUCCAUAUCAAGAAGCAACGGUAACAGUGAAUACAAUAAUUCUGACCUACAUUGAAGUGAUUUUCAGCAGCCAUCUGCAAAAAAUAGAGCGAGAAUUUGACGUCUUCAAAAAAACAACCCUAUCUGGAAAACAGACAGCUGUACAGUUCAUACAAAAUAGCAGUAAAUUACCAUGUCAUAUUGCAACAGAAAAAUUUAUCGAUCUCUAUCAAAAAAUUGCUACAAAUCUAAACAUGAAAACUGUAGAGCCUUAUCUUCUAGGAAGAGGAACAACAAUUAAACAAGUUGAAGCAUUUCUCCAAAAUCAAUUUCCAAACAUCUUGGUUUUUCAUAAGGAUACAGAACUUUCCUUAAUUGGAAAUCCCAUGGAUAUUAAGAAAGCAGAAGCUGCCUUGGAUCGUAAUAAAAGACAAGAUAAUUUACAAUCAAGCUUAUCUGAAGGCAGUGCAGCAGAUUCAAACAGAAGGCAGCCUUUACUGCCAGAAUGCAAACCUGCCUCAAAUUCAGAUGUCAUGACAAGUAAACCAAUGGAUGAGGACAAAACCUGUCCUAUUUGUUUGGAAGAAAUUGAAAUAAGAGAAACCUUGAAAUGUAAACAUUCAUUUUGUAAGGACUGCAUAGACCAGGCUUUUACAACUAAGUCUGCCUGCCCUGUGUGUGGAGAAGUGUAUGGCGAGUUAAAGGGUAACCAACCUGAUGGUGGCCGGAUGACCCACAGGAGCAUGUCAAUGCACCUUCCUGGUUAUGAGAAAUAUGACGCCAUUGAGAUACACUACAUAAUACCAGAUGGCAUUCAGGCGAAAGAGCAUCCGCAGCCCGGCCAGAAGUAUCAUGGUACAACACGUACUGCAUAUUUACCAAACAAUCCUGAGGGGAAAAAGGUGCUUAAACUCCUGCAACGAGCUUUCAAUCAAAGACUGAUCUUCACUGUUGGAACGUCUAGUACCACCGGAAGAAGCAAUGUGGUAACAUGGAAUGAUAUUCAUCAUAAAACCAGCACACACGGAGGGGCAUCAGGGUUUGGAUAUCCAGAUCCAACCUAUCUGGCAAGAGUGCAGGAUGAGUUGAAGGCCAAAGGAAUUUACUGAAAUGUGU